AUGAAUGCUAUCGGCAGGAUCUCAGCUUUGGGCAUACUGAUCUCCAUCAAGAUUUUGGUGUCUGAUUCAAGUUGUUCAAUUACGGAACAGCAUCAGGAGCCAUGGGGUUAUCAGCAGCCAGAACAAAGUGAUGAUAAACAGCAGGAGCUACUUCCAGGAGAUGGUAAUAUUCUUGCUCAUGUAGUGGUUAUCACUGAGGAGAUGGAGAUAUUAAUAACGUGGAAAAUAACCCUCAGAGACCAGCCUCGCUGCACAAUAUCCUAUGAAGUAGAAACAGAGGAGAUCAGUGCAAUCAACUGUACCGACAGGAGAAUCACCCUGGCCUUCACACCUGACCAGAGUCCUGACAUUCACAUCGAUACAGUGGAACUCAGUCAUGAGGGGCAUUAUUCAUGUCAGAUGGCAUCAACUGAAGGGCAUUUCCAACAGAUACAUGACCUCCAAGUUCUAGGGGAAAAGAGAGCUGCAGUUUGUGAGGCCAUUGCUGGCAAGCCUGCGGCUCAGAUCUCUUGGACCCCAGAUGGGUGUUAUGUGACUAAGACUGAAUCACACAGCAAUGGAACUGUUACUGUGAGGAGCACAUACCACAGGGAGCACAGCAAUGUGUCUGCUGUGUUCUGCUUCGUCUCCCAUCUGACUGGCAACCAGACUCUGUCCAUAGAACAAAAUCAAGGUGUCACCAGCCCUCUGCAUUCCUUGCUGAUCAUUCUCUAUGUGAAACUUUCCCUUUUGGGGAUUAUUCUGCUCAUCCUAGGAUUUGCUUUCUUCCAGAAGAGAAAUUAUUUCAGGUAG